CGCAGACUAGGAUUUCGUCAGCUCCAACACCGACGCCUUGAUAGGACCAUCGCCCAUCGCUUCUACCGAGGCUGUCGAUAAACCUUUUGACACCAUGUCGGCCGAUAGUCGGCUGAUGCUGCGGCCUGCCCAUCGAUGGUUGGCCCUUGGGCGUGGCAAAGUAUAACGGAAAUUCUAUCAUGGUGCUAUCGCAAAAUAUAAUAUAUCGUCUCUGAUUGACACCACACUUCUUGCCCCAUCCCAUCUACCUCUCUCAUCACAGGCAUAUCAACAUGACUAAGAACAUUGACUGGUCCGCCGUCCGCAAGGACAUCGCGUCUCUGCUUCACCAACCCGAAUACGAUGAUGGCUCUGCUGGUCCCGUCCUCGUGCGACUAGCAUGGCACUCAGCAGGCACAUACGAUGCCGAGUCAGACACUGGCGGCUCGAACGGUGCUGGUAUGCGAUACGAAGCCGAAGGUGGUGACCCGGCCAACGCUGGUCUUCAACACGCCCGAGUCUUCCUUGAGCCCAUCAAGUCCAAGUACCCCGAUGCGACCUACGCCGACCUGUGGACCCUGGCCGGUGUGGUUGCGAUUAAAGAGAUGGGAGGACCAGAGAUCAAAUGGCAGCCUGGCCGAACGGACUACGUCGACGACAGUAAGCUCCCUCCUCGCGGUCGUCUGCCCGACGCUGCGCAAGGAAACGACCACUUGCGUAACAUCUUCUACCGCAUGGGUUUCAACGACCAGGAGAUCGUCGCUCUCUCCGGCGCCCACAACCUUGGCCGAUGCCACUCAGAUCGAUCCGGUUUCGAAGGUGCCUGGGUGAACAACCCCACCCGCUUCAGCAACACCUACUUCAACCUCAUGCUCAGCAGGACAUGGAAGGAGAAGGUCCUGAAGAACGGCAACAAGCAAUUCGUCUACUACGACGAGGAUGCCGACGAAGAGCUCAUGAUGCUGCCCACCGACCUCGCCCUCCUCUCCGAUGACAAAUUCCGCAAAUGGGUGGAGACUUACGCCAAGGACAAGAACAAAUUCUUCGAGGACUUCGCCGCUGUCUUCGAGAAGCUGAUGGAGCUCGGUCUUGUGCGCGAUGAGACCGGCAAGGUGCUCAACACCGACAACGUUCGUGGAGGAUACCACAGUGCUCCCAAGAAGAGCAGCAAGCCCGGCAGCGCCGGCGCCGACAAGCCUUUUGGCGAGGCCGACAAGCUCGCCAAGAGCAACGAGGCUCACCGCUCCAAGCUUUGAGUAUGCGGUCAUGGUUGGAAUGUUGUUUUGAUUAUGCUAGACCUAGAUUUGCUUUCAAGUGUGUGCAAUGGGCGAUUCGAUUAAUUCACCCGGUUGACGAACGCCCUCAUCCACUUGUUUACGGCAUGAGCACCGCUUGGAAUAUAGGCGCGCUAGAUGUAGAUUAUUUUUAGACGGCAAUGAGAAAUUCUUCGACGUAACAUCAUGUUCGAUCGUCGAAAUUGAGAUGAGCCUG